AUGUUCUCGACUACGGAGGCUCAGUCCGCCGUGAGCGGAUCACGUGAUAACCAAUCGCGUUCCCGUGAUGCGAGUGACCAGGGGCUCGGCACGUACUCCCGACACUCAUCUCACCCGAAUUGCGCAGAAAGAUGGACGAGCCGUUCUCAUUUGUACCUCGCAAGAUAUCUCAAAAAAUCUCCAAGCCACCCCCUCCGACUGCCUCUCAAUCCUCCGCACCGAAGGCCGAAUUCUUACUCCCGAACACGAGAGAAUACCGAGACGGGCGGCUCGAAGGGUCUGCAGCUACAUCUGCAAUCAAUGAAAGACCGAAAGUGGUCUAUUCGGAGGAAGACUAUAAAAUCAUGUUAUGCCUUUCCGUUUCGCAGUUUGCGCUCUUCCGCGACCCUGGUCUGCGGCGGCUGGUGCAUCAGAGUACUCGCGACGGCUUUUUCCCACUGAACGUUCUCUUCACACAUCCGUGUAUACUCAAGUACGCGCACGAGCCUGAAAUGGCUGUUGUGAAAGCCCUUCGGUCUCGGGGAACGGAUAUCGUCGACGUGCGGAUGAAUCUAGCUGACUCGAAAGCCCGUGGGAAUUUCGAGGUGAAACCCAAGUUUUGGGAGGAAGGCGAUGAUGCGUGCGUAUUUACUCGGGACGACUGGGAGGGGAGAACAGUCUAUGUCGAAAAUAUCCCGGUCGCAUAUCGAACGUUCCCGUCUGCAGUGAGAUUUGUGUCUGCACUGCUGCCACCCGGACCGUCUAUAUACACGCGGAUCCAGGGCAUGUCCAUCCCUCCACAUCAUGCCGACGAUGAAGACACCGAGCCGACUCCGAAGCCGUUUGCGCUGAUCACAUUUUCCGAGAUCGAUGAGGCGGAGGCACUGGUCAAAGCUUGGCCGUGGCAGCGCGAUCUUUCCCGAGUUGAAGAGAGUUCGAAUGCUGCUGAAGCAGUGAAGUUCGGGUUCCGGGCGCUAUCGAAAAGGAGGUGGGAUGAGCUAAAUGCUGAAUAUCUCGUGUAUCGGGCCAGCUUGCUCCAAACCACGAACUCCCAGACGACGAAAUCUGACGCAGUCAUCGAAUUAACGAAACCCCUCCAACCUGGGAAAGAAAUUCCACCGCGAAUAGUUUCUGCAUCGGCAUCAGCGUCGGCCGCACCAGCCUGGUAUCCCCAAAAUUGUCUGGUUUUCCUGCGGAAUAUCCAUCCCGAUACCAACAAGACGACGCUCCGAAAGUUGUUCCUGACGACUGUCGAGUCGAAAGACGCGCUCGACUACGUAGAUUUCAAUAAAAACAUGGACUCUUGCUAUCUACGACUCAUCAACCCCGAUAAUGCGCGCGCCUUGGUUGAGCACUUCACCGCAAAGCGAACCGUUCAAACAACCGGGCUAGACGAAUUGGGGAGCAGCGAGGCAGACGGCAAGGCGAUCGUUGCGGAACUGGUGCAAGGCACGCGGGAGGAGAUAUACUGGGAGAAGGUACCUGAGAAAGUGCGCUUGGCUGCGGUGCAGCGAGCGAACGGCCAGAGUUCAGACCCGGUUAGGGAUACUGGUGAGCGCAGGGAAGAUGGAGGCAGGCAGUGGAAGAAGCAGAAGAGAUGAUAACUCGCUUUUUUCUGCGGUGUUGAAUAAAAGCCUUGGAAAUGCAAGCUGCGUCUCCCUUUCGUUUCACUCAGCUCAUGAUCAUAACUGGGAUUUAUCUUGGACGACCAAAUAUGUGCCAGGUAGUCACUAUCCAGCGAGGGGUGAUUGAGGCAGCUUCCCUUUACCAAUCCGCUUGGAAUACAAUCGCCCGCCGCCUUCGUAGCAAUGGCUCACAUUUAAGAUGGGAGACAGUCACUUGCGAUCGAAACAAUCUAGAUGCCUCGACGUGUCCAUCCUGUUGCGACUUGACCACGCCGAACAAAUGACUACGACUGCUAUUGAGAAAGAUGCUCACAUCUCACGAGUGCAAUCUUUAUCGUGCCUCGGCACAAUUCAAUUGAGUUACGGGUAACUGGCUCAAAGCUGUUACUAUCGCAACUCGUCGUUCUCGAUUGUGCAGCUCCGCGAAUCUUAAACUAGUUGAGUACGGCCGACUAGCAGUUGAGAUGCGCAUGCCUGCUAUAUGGUCGCAGCAAACCUUCAGAAUAAUUGCUAUGACAAAGUCAAUAAUGACCUACUUACUGAUUGUAGCUGGCGAGCACUUAUCUCAGAUCUGGAACAACCAAACAGCAUCAGACGAAGAUCACAGCGCACUCUUGAUCGACGAUGCCUUGCGGGGAUGGUAUUUCGAGGAUCUGAUAUUUUACUUUUGCGAGGAAAGAGUAUAAAUGGAUGGGAGACGCGAGUGUAUUUCUCACCAAUCCUUUCUUCGGUCGCCUCCAGAUACUGCGUGGUAUGUGCUCGGCUAUCAUUCACGGCAGUCGCAUCAAAGCUCACCCACCUGGCAGUCUGUUCGAUUUCAAACAGCCCUUUCAACUUCAUUAUCGUACCCUCUUCUAAACACUCGUCAUGCUCUCGACUCUCCUUGUCUCGACCCUGCUUCUCGCUACGUCUGCGCCAGCCGCGCGGGCAGCACCAGUUCCUCCCGCAGGCGGCCUCGCGCACCUCAUCGCAGCCGCAGAAGCCGAGAUCGCACAUGCCGCGGCCGCAGCGCUCGCCGGGAGCACGAAGCACGGCGCCGCCAACAUCAAAGGCGUGGCUAAAGGUUUGCGAGAACUGUCCGCGCUCGGCCUGCCCAAGGUCGGCGGGAGCAAGGCGAGCGACGGGAUCGCGCAGAUUAUAGCCGCUGGAGAGGCCUCUAUCGCGCAAAACAUAGCCGCAGCGCUUGCGGGAUUCGAGAAAACCGGCGCAGCCAAUAUCAAGGGAGCGGCUAAGGGUCUCAGAGAUGUGCCGGUGGACGAGCUGGAUUGACACGGGCGUCGCAAAUCAGUGGAAUGUCAUCAGUAGAAGUAGUCAGCUGCAAUGAGGCUGGUUGAACAGAAAGGCCGUCUCUUCAUUUCGUGGCGCAGAUCCGCGAGUUCUCCCGAGAACGAAAAGAACGUCCUCACGGCUGCUGAUUAUUUCGGCAAGCAGUGCAGCGAGUCUCGGCAUCUGAUCCCGAGAGCGUAAAGAACGCUCCAGAAGUCUCGCAACCCUGGCCCAGAACUUCUUCUCUGUCAUCCGACCGCUCUUCGUGUAGUAGGCGUGCACGAGAAAACAAUUGCGAGGAGGUCCCAAAGCCUCAUUAUGCAAUGACGAACGACCCCAAACUCCCAGGUGGACCCGUCACGGGUAGUAGACCGUGGGACCCUGAGGCGCUAAAUGCUGUAGGUGGGCUUUAUAAUGCAUUUUAUCUUAUCUUAUCGCUAAAAUGAACUCUGAUCUGUCAAUGACGACGCUGAUCGGCACGGCAUGCAGCAUGACGAAGAUUCAGUCUUAGUAACUUAGCAAAUACCUUCCCAAUUUUCCUCCCUCCCUGUAAAUCCACCGAGGUGCGAUCCUGACCAAUCGUCGAUCAGACUCGUUCACACCGAAGCAGGCCGGCCUUCAUGCUCCUAUCGACGCGAUGUGUCCAGGCGCUAAGGUUCCACAUAAGUAGUCGCCGGAUUCGAUCGUUCCACAGACAAUCUCCCCUCUCUCCCUUUUUACUCCCUCGAACUUGAACGAACAACGAAAAUGAGCAUCCCCUCCGUUUGCAAGCAAUACGUCCUUCCCAAGACUGGCUCGAUCGACAACCUCAUCAUCACCGAGACGUCUGUCCCCCAGCCCAAGGCGGGCGAGAUCCUCCUCAAGGCGCACGCCGUAUCUGUCCAAUUCCGCGACCUCAUGGUGAUCAACAACACGUACCCUGGCGGCUGUAUUCCAGACCUGGUACCGUGUUCGGAUGUCGCGGGCGAGAUCGUGGCGCUCGGCCCUGGCGUGACGGACUUCAAGAUCGGGGACCGCGUCAGUCCCAACUUCGUGGACACGCUGCAUGGAGACGUUAUCACGACGGAUUUGAAGGCCAGCGCGCUUGGCGCGCCGGUGCAUGGCACGUUGACGGAGUACCGGACGUACCCUACGCACACGCUGGUGAAGAUCCCCGAUCACUUGUCGUAUGAGGAGGCAUCGACCCUUCCAUGCGCUGCUGUGACUGCAUACAACGCCCUCAUGGGCGGGUUCUCACCACUCAAAGCCGGCGACUCGAUUCUCGUCCUCGGCACUGGAAGCGUUUCGACGUUCGCGCUGCAGAUCGGCGUCGCAUCCGGCGCGAGCGUCAUCGUGACCUCCUCGUCCGACGAGAAGCUGCAGGUCGCAAAACGCCUCGGGGCCGCGCACGUUAUCAACUACAAGACGACACCCGCCUGGGAGGAGGAGGUGAUGAGGCUGACGAACGGCCGUGGCGUGGACCAAGUCGUCGAGGUUGGUGGCGAGGCGACCCUGGGCAAGAGCAUCGCGUCUGUGCGCAUGGGAGGCUCGGUUACCGUGAUGGGCGGUCUGGCUGGAGCUCCUGGCCAAGCCCCCGUGUCCAUCAUUCCGUCCGCACUCUUCAAGUCCCUGAAACUCCGGGGCAUCUACGUCGGCUCCGUCGAGCAGUUCAAAAAUCUUGGUAGGCUGAUGGCGGCCAACCCUGAAGUUACGCGGCCUUUGAUCGACAAGGUCUUCCCAUUCGAGCAGGCGAAAGAGGCGUUCAAGCGCUUGAGCGGCCAGGCUCACAUUGGCAAGGUGGUUAUCAAGAUGGCGGUCGAGAUUCCAUCCCGCCGACACAAGACUAAAAGGCCUGAAAAAGGUAUCGCGAGCACAGACACAAAAUCGACUGCAGACGCGUCCUUUGCGGACGGGUCGGACUUCAUCGCGUUGGGGCCCGUAUCCGACGAGGAUGAAGAGGAUGCAGCUCGCGACUCGCACUCCAGACGCGACAGGAAGGGGAAGGAGAGAGAGAGAGAGCAGUUUGGGGAUGAAGACGGCGGUGGCAGUCGGAGAGAACGGCGUGAACCGUCGACAUCUCCCCCGCCGCUUCCGUCCGGGAGUCGAGGAAGUGCAGAGGGCGCCCGGAAAUACGACCUGGUAUUUGACCCCGAGGAUCGCCCGCCCCCGAGAGGAAGACAGCGCACGGACGCGACCGGGCGCCUAACACCGUGGGUGGACGAUGUAGACUGGGACGUGUGCAAGACACCCUCCGAAAUGUUUCAUCGCGAGGUGAAGGCGUUUGUCAAAUGGAUUGCCCCGACACCGGAGGAAGAUGAAGUCCGGGGACUUGUGUUGCAGCUCAUUACUCGGUGUGUGACGCGGUCCUACGCUGAUGCUCAAGUUUUGCCUUUCGGGAGCUACGCGACCAAGCUCUAUCUACCACUUGGCGACAUCGAUUUGGUCAUCCGCUCUCCAUCCAUGGCGUACCACAACCCGAAGACGGUCCUUCAUUCUCUCGCUGCCACCAUCAGGAACAGCGGGCUGACACACAAGGUGCAAGUCAUCGCGAAAGCCAAAGUGCCUAUCAUCAAAUUCGUGACGACAGGCGAGUAUGGGCGUCUGAACGUCGACAUCAGCAUCAACCAGGAGAACGGCCUCGUUGCGGGGGAGAUGAUCAACUCGUUUUUGCGCGAGAUCCGGGGCGGAGGGGCCGCGGCCCGCAACGACUGUCUGGCACUCCGAGCACUUGUGCUCAUGACGAAGCUGUUCUUGUCCCAGCGAGGGAUGAACGAAGUGUUCACGGGCGGACUCGGGUCUUACGCGAUUGUCUGCCUGGUCAUCUCGUUUCUGCAGAUGCACCCGCAGAUCCGGUUCGGGCUCAUCGAUCCAGAUGAGAAUCUGGGCGUGCUGGUGAUGGAGUUUUUCGAGCUUUAUGGGACGAGAUUCAACUAUGACGACGUCGGCAUCUCCGUUCGGGAAGGCGGCGCCUAUUUCUCGAAGCGCCAGCGAGGAUGGGAUUUCCGGAACGGACAGAAACGGAAUGGUAUGCUGUCGAUUGAAGACCGGGGGAUCCAUGUGCGUCUAUUGGGGGUUCCCGUGAAAGUCAGCAUCUCUUAUCGCUUUCCAGUCAACGACAUCUCGGCUGGCUCGUACAACUUUCCUAACGUCCGACGACAUCUGGGCGGUGCCCACGAAGUCCUCACGGCCACCAUCUACUUGCGUGCGGGUAUCGUCGAGUCAAGAAAACACGGCCGGGCGCUCAAGCUUCGAGAUCGAUAUGACGCGGAGGAUCUGACUAUCCUUGGGAGCAUCCUUGGUAUCACGCAAGAGACGAUCAACAACCGGACACUCAUUAAGGAGGUGUUCGAUGGCGGCGCUCUCCAUCGGGCAUUAGGUGUGACGAGCAAGAUAGUGCGGCCACCAUCGGAACCCGAGGAAGAGCCUGAGGAGGGAGAGGUACCCCAGAAGAAGAAGAGUCGAAAGAAGAAGAAGAGCAAGAAACCGGUCUCGACUUCGGGUCUCGACUCCGCUGCGGAUCGCUCGAAGGAAUCCAGCGUCAAUGGCACUCGAACACCAGACGAGAACAAGGAGAUCGUUGAGCAGAUUUGGGCCCAGGCUGACCAGAACUCGGAUACGGAUAUCGCCGCACCGCGUGAUGUCGACGAAGGAGGCGGACAAAAGCGGGGAAAUCAUGUGUCGUCUGAGGGGAGAUAUGCAAUCGUGUCGAAGAAACGACGGCGGAACGAGGGCAGUGUUGUGACGUUUACUGCUGCCGCGUCGGACUCUGCCAGUGACGUCGGCAAGGAGGAUGUCGCUCCACCUGCGAAGGACUCUACAAAGCCUCCGAGCAAGCGAGCAGGGAUGAGCCGUGUGUCGAGCUCGAGCUCUGUGUCCUCUGCUACCAAAAGGGAUUACUGGUUAUCUAAGGGAGUGGGACCUUCCAGUCCUGGGGUCUCUCCAUAGCUGCUGUAAUGUUAUCAUUUCGGCCUCAUGUAUUCUUUGCGAGAGCGCAUGCUUUGCGCGACAGCGCGUAGUGAACCACAGCGCGCUGGGUGCACAACUGACUCACGUUCCGUGUGCGUGACAAACUGGUCUCCGGUUUGUUCUCGUGAAUGUCCGAUAAAAAUGUAUAAAUUGAAUGUAUCUGCAUACGGGAGAUACACGUGCUCUUGCAAGUCCCGUGACAAAUUUCUUCCUGUCUCCCGUGCCAUCAUCCAUCACGAGAACUCUUGACGCCCACUGCGCGCACUCAUGAACACCAACGCAUCAACCGCCCUACCACCCAUCGGGACAUCCACUCUCCCGGCCUCUCUCUACGCGUCUCUUCUCCCGAAACUCGUCGCCGUCCUCGAGCUCACGCAAGCACAAACCGAAGCAGAGCACGGCGGACCCCUCACCCCGCAAGCGAAGCAGGCCAUCUUGCACGCGACAAACGACUUCAAGACCACGUUGGCGCGCGCGCGCGAUCUCGCGACGAACCUGCCUGGCGGAGAGCUGCUCAUUCGCGAGCAGGACGACGUGAUCGACAUGCUGGUCGAGUUGAGGGAUCGGAAACGGCAGCAGUUAGCACAGUUCGCGACGCGUACGGAGGCGAUUAGUGAGCGGAGGAGGAUGGACGUGGACUCGAUGGCAUCUACACCCAGUCCCUGAUGCAGGAUGACAGCAAAUAAAAUAGCUAUCUAGUGUAUAGAACCUACUGGAUGAUUCGGACAGGCUCGUCGCCACACGUUGACCGUAGCCAGCUCCUCAGCCGUGAGCUGGUCGGGAUUCGCCGGCGUGGGGGUCGGCGGAUGGGAGUAGUUGCUGUAUGCGCUGCCCGUGGGACUGGAUCGCCCGGAGUCUGGAUCCGCCGGAGACGAGGAUGGAGGCA